AUGGCUUCCACUUUGAAUUCGGUGCCGGCUGCGAACAGCAACUCUGGCAGUAAUGUCAGCAACUCUUCACAUGCCUCCAGCAGGCCCUCACUGAGGUCCAGCGGCAACUCCAAAGGAGAUGGUCGCCGCCAGUCCGGAAGUCCCGUGGACGGUGGUCAACGCGACAAUUAUUUCGUCAUCGUGGGAUUCGUUCGAUCCGCGCACUCACGGGCUGAUCCAGCAUUGCCUGGGUUGUCUACAGCCUGCCAGCUUAUCACGUUGCUGUCGGUGUCUUCCAAGGCCCGAUGGGCUUACACACAGCUCCGUGAGGGCUUCCUGUCUUUCUGUUGGGGCCAUCUCUUUGAAACUGACCACCUUUCUCCCUUCUUCCGCGAAACCCAUCCCAAGUUUGUUCGAGCGUCAGCUAACUUUUCCAAUCUGAACUAUCACAGGCGCACAAACUCCCACAAAGCCUGGACCCAGGGGACCAACCCAAUCACUCAACGCUCCUCCUUUGCUUCUCCUAAUGGUGCCGGGAACCGACAAACUGGCUCUCCUCGCCCAGGCCAAAAGGAGUCCAACACACCCGACAGCCAUGCCCAUGACCGUCUGCUGUUUCUGUUCGCCAGCUUCAUCGGCCUUUAUGCAACCAUCACCACAAAGGGUGGGGAGAAGUAUACCGGCAUAUUCUCCUCUUCCAAUUUGGAGGCAACUGGUUCCUCUAUUGUGCUGAAGAUGACGCAACGAGUCUCUUCUGAAACCCCAAACAAGACGAACGGCGUGAGCGAGUCGACAGUCUCCUUCAUCGGUGCUGCUCCGGAACACAGCAUGGCCUUUGAUAUCAAGGAUGUGGUGGACAUCUCUGUGCCUAAGGUGGCUCCCGCUGACCUGUCCUUGAAGGAAUCAAAUGGAACCGGCGGUUUCAGAACAGAUGCUGAUAUCUCUGGCAAUUUGGCGAUGCGAGAGCGCACCCUUAAGCGAUGGGAGCCAUCUGAGCACGAUGUGGAUAUGUCUUUGGAAAGCACCGCAAGCGACUCCAAAGGAUGGGAUCAGUUUGAGACAAAUGAGCGUCUCUUCGGUGCAAAGACCAGCUAUGACGAAAACAUCUAUACGACACGCAUUGACCGCAGUGAUCCUAACUAUCGUCAACGACAGGCGGAGGCUGCUCGGAUUGCGGCUGAAAUUGAAGGCACGGAAGUGGAAAAUGUGCACAUGCGCGAGGAAAGAGGACUAGUAGCGCCAGAUACUGGUGACCAGGACGAAGAGGACAAGUACAGUGGUGUGCAGAGGGAGAGCAAGGGCUUCCCACCACUGGUUUCCGGACAGCCGAACAAGUACAUGCCGCCUGGUCGUCGACAAGCCGCAGCACAGCCUGCAGUGCCGGCCAAACAAACACCCACAACCUCGCCUGCCCCUGCACCGCAAGCCAAGGAACAGGCUAAAGAGGUGCCGUCCACAGAGAAAGCCGUAGUUGCGGCAGCUCCGAAAGCAUCUAUCGAGGCGGAGCAGAAGGUGGAAUUGUCGAAGCCUGCCCCCGCUGUCGCGGUUCCUUCUGCCACCAAGCAGCAACGCCAAGUUCCCGAGAACGCUACUGCCAAUGUUGAGACGGAGGUGCUUGACCAUUUCCGUCAGUUUGCGAAUAGCGAAAAGUUGAAGAUGCAGGAGCGACGUCGCAAUCAGGCAUCCUACGACCGCACCGUGAAGUUGAAUGAGUUGAUGAAAUUCUCAAAGAACUUCAAGCUGUCCACUCCCGUGCCGAAAGACCUGGUUCCCAUCCUCGCGAAGGACCCGCACAAGCAAGAGGCCAUUAUCAGCCGAGCUAAGCAGUCGGAGGACUCACCCUCGCCCCAGCCUCCCGCGCAAGUUCUUGAACAGAAGCCUGCGGUGCGAGCUACUGGCCCCACGGGUGCAGCUCCCCCCACGGCUCCUGCGGACCGACACAACUUUCCCCGUGGUCGCCAGGGCUAUCCCCCUACCGGUCCUUCGGGCAGUGGGGGUAACACGAGAUACCCUCAGCAGCCUUUGCAACCAAAUCGUCCUGCAACUGGAAUGCUCAGCCACCGGCUUGCCGAUAAUCUCCAGCAGCGAAAGGGUGCCGCUUUAGGUACUGUUCCGGCACCUCUCCCUGUUCAAGACGCUCGGGCGCCACCUACUGGUCCGGCCAGUGAACAAUCCCACGUCACAAGCCCUGCCAAGAGCCAGUCCUCUACCAUGGCCAAUGCCACAUCACGAUUCAACGUGCGGGCUAUGGAGUUCAAGCCUAACCCAGCAGCAAGCACAUUCACCCCUGGCGGCCCUGCCCCCACGGCGCCAGGUGGUGCACCCAGCGCCGUGAGUGCAGCCAGCCCCUCUCGAAACGCCUCUGUGUCUCGGGCCGCAACACCAUCCGCUUUCUUUGGUACCAAGAAACCGCAACCGAUUUCAGAGAGACCAUCAAUAGAUGAUGGUUUCAACCCAAUCAAACGAAUGAAGAAGGAGAGCGCAGAGGCUGGAGAAAACAAAGGCUUCUCCAACGGAGGCAUUCCUCCCCCUUAUCGGACCGGUCCCACUUGGGAUGUCCCCCAAGGCAACGAAGAAAAGAGCUUCGAAGCAAUGUUUAAGCAGCCGACGGCAUUGCCCUCGGUCUCGCCACAAGGACGGUCUAUUUCUAGCAACCCCAGCUUGCCUCAACAGCACCAAAUUCCUUUCCACUUCACGCCAGGCAACCCUGGCAUGCCUCCCUCAUCUGGUACACCAAGUGGCCCUCACGUGCAUCCCGGUCCUCACGGACCUGGCCCUCAUUUGGAAGAUCACCAUCGCAUGCAGCUGUCUGCCUCUUCGUCGCAGGUCUUCCCAUCGCCUCGCAUGGGUCAGAGCCACGUAGGGUAUCAUUCGCCCAUGGCUCCUCAUGCUCAAUUGGCAUUUGGGCAGCCGAUCCCACAAUUUUAUGGAGGACCUCAGCCAGGGCACAUGAGGCACUAUCAAAGUGGACCUCAAUUUUCCGGACCCCAGGCCGGAAUGGGUGCUCCGAUGAUGGUCCAAAAUCCGUCUAGUGGGCCUUACAUGGGCAUGCCUCAGGGCAUGUCACCGUACAACCAACAGAUGCAGAUGUAUUCCCCUUCACCCAGUCAUGCUUAUCCUCAUGUGCCUCCACCUCAGCCUCAUAGCGGUUACCCUAGCCCCAGCCGUGGUGCGCCGAUGAUGAUGCAUCAAAACUCGCAGUCUGGUCAGCCACCGCAGCAAAUGAUGUUUAUGUCGCCAGGCCAGCCCGGUCAACCUGGAUUUGGCACCCAACCGAACCACAUGUCCUCUGCUCGUGGAGGAUAUCCUCAACAACAACCUCAGUUCUCUUCUAGCCCUCACCAGGGCCACCACUUCCCACCUAGCCAUCGAAACUCCACCAAUGGUUUCAACCAGACUCCCCAGAUCUCCCACCAAGCGCUGCCGUCCAACUCUCCGGCCAAUACGAGCACUGCCCCUCACACCGUGGAGACUGCCGAUGAACGCAAAUGA